AACGUUCAGUAUGUUGUGUGACGGCUGUGGCAAUGGCGGCGGCGGUUUAGUGCGCGGUCAAUUUUCACGUAGCUAUGUAAUUCCUUUGAGUAACCACCGAUAGUUAAAUUAUUAAAAGAACAACAAUAACAGUGAAUAAUUUAUACGGCAGUAAGGCGUUGGAAAUCGAAAUCGACUACGCGCACCACUAAUUCGGUGAAGGCGGCACUGACGACGACGACCACUACUACGUACGACGACAAUAUCCAAACAAGCCGACAACGUGAGCGGUACAAACGAAGACGGAAAGGCGCAACCGAUUAUCAUUGACGGCAUUUAUUACAUAUUUACACACACAAACAUGCAUACAUACAUACGUUGGGCGGUUGCUUAAGUAACUUCACAGCCAUCUCAGAAGAUUUGCCGAAAGCCUCUGUACGAGCUUGAACGGUAUCCGGUCGCGUUUAGUAGCGAGUGGCGUACACUCAAUCCGGACGACGACGACGGCGACAAAGACGCGUACGGCGGUGGUGCAGUGAACGAAUUAGUGAACGAUUGUGGGCAGUGCGAGCAUUUCGUUUGCGGCGGCUGGAUUAUUCGUCGAACAGUACGCGAGUGGACAUCGAAAAUAAACGUUUUAGCAGGCAGCGUUAAAAAAAAGUUAUGAAAGCGCACAGUACUGAAAAAAGUUAAAUUUUUUGAAAUCACUAUUAUUUUCAUUUCAAACAAACGAUAUUUAUGUGAAACCGCGUAAAAAGUUAAAUCUGCAUAAAAAAGUGUUUUUGGUUUUGCUUUAACCGAAAGGUGGUUUGCGUUAAAGGUGACAAAAAAAGAAAAUUGCUGAGUACGCGUGCACUUAACUGGCAACGCUCAGCGCUGUACAAAUAAAAGUGAAGAUAUAGCCCGUUACGGCAGCAAAGGAGCAUUCAAAAGCAGCAACAUGGAGGACUAUUGGGGCCUCAGCAGCACAAAUGAUAUAAAUUGCACACAACCCGCCAUCGAUGACUUCCCCAAGGAUCUAUUCACCGAGGCGCAGAGACAGUCAGGUGCUGUUGUACUUCAUGUGAUAGCCAGUUUAUAUUUAUUUGUAGCAUUAGCGGUAGUAUGUGAUGAGUACUUUGUGCCUGCAGUCGAAAAGAUAUGUGCAGCGUUAAACAUGUCAAAUGAUGUGGCUGGCGCCACUUUCAUGGCUGCGGCCACAUCAGCGCCCGAACUCUUCGUCAAUGUGAUAGGCACAUUCAUCACAGAGGGUGACAUUGGUGUGGGCACCAUCGUCGGUUCGGCGGUGUUCAAUAUUUUAGCGGUGGCUGCGUGUUGUGGGAUCGGCGCUGGCAUGACUAUUCCGCUCGAUUGGUGGCCAUUGACGCGCGAUAGCAUAGCGUACGGCGUCACAGUAGCCAUAUUAAUAUGUGUCAUGCACGAUGAACGUGUCGAAUGGUAUGAGGCGCUGAUAUUGGUCUCACUCUAUGCCGUUUACUUGGCAGUGAUGUAUUUUGAUAAAUCAUUUCAAAAAUGCGCAAAAGGUGGCGUGAAACAGGCCCGCACGCGCAGUCGCUCCUCCAAUUGCAGCAUACAGACAAAAAACAGCAAUGAAAAGGAACCAGACCUCGUCGAGAAUCGCAUUUGCCACAAGCUCUCUACCAUACAACUAAAUGGUGGCGUCAAUAAUGAGCCACCAAAGCUGCAGCCAACCGCAUCACCACCUCCCUCACAAAUUGCAGCCACGAAUUCCAAUACAAAUUCCAAUUCGAAUACAACAACCACAACUACAACAGCAGCCAUUCUACAACCACCGCCCGAUGCCAAAUUCUUGUCCACCACUAUUUCCAUAGAGAAAGCAGCUCUGGAGUUACAGCCGACAGCGGCAGGCGGCGCCAUCUCGGCAGCAGUACCCGCCUCAGUUGUGGCUGCCGCAUCUGCAGCGAGCGACGAAGAGGAAGAGGAGGAACAUUACUCUUUGCUACACUAUCCAAAGGAUAAAAGUUGUUUUGCACAAUUCACUUGGCUCAUUAUUUGGCCGAUACAUUUACUCUUUCGUAUAGCAAUACCGGAUUGCAAAAAGACAAAGAAUAAUAAAAUAUUCCCGUUGACGUUCAUUAUGUGCAUUGUGUGGAUUGGUUCGUUGUCAUAUGUGGUCGCUUGGAUGAUCACUAUCAUAGGUGACACACUGAAAAUCCCAGAUUCAGUGAUGGGUAUUACCUUCCUUGCUGCAGGUACAAGUGUGCCGGAGGCGGUUUCCAGUGUUAUUGUGGCUAAGAGAGGUCACGGUUCCAUGGGCAUCUGCAAUUCGAUUGGUUCAAACACAUUCGAUAUACUUCUCUGUUUAGGUGUACCUUGGCUCAUCAAAGCUGUCUUCUUUCCCAUACAACAAGGACAAAACUAUGUCGGCAUCAAUUCAGCUGGUCUGGAGUAUUCGGCUAUAACGUUACUCUCCACACUAUUUUUGCUCUAUAUCACAUUCUCAUUCAAUAAAUUCAAACUGGAUCGAAAAGUGGGCAUGGCCUGUUUGGUUAUGUAUCUGGUCUUUAUGAUAUUCGCAUCGCUGAUAGAGUUGAAUGUAUUCUUUCGGGUUAACUUGCCAACCUGCGGACGUUCGUGAAGCGCCGACAGGCGCAGAGCGUGAGAGCGAGCGAACGAGAGAGACAGAGAGAGAACGAGAGAAGAAACGGCGUGUGCGCGUUUUUACGUACAAAUUUAUUAGGCGAAAAAACCAAUAACAACAUGCAACAGUAAUAGUGAAAAUUCAAAUGAAAAUGAGAGCAAAAGUAUUGCGACUUUUCCAAAAAGGAUUAAAAAAAAAACAAAAAAAAACAACAAAAGCAAAUUUAUAAUUUUCGAGGAAUGAGUUGAUUGUGUAACUCUGUAACUUGCAAAUAUAUUUUUCUUCUUUUUGUUGUACAAGGGUAUUAUAUGUUUAAGUUGUAUUUACGUUUUUGGUUAAAAUUUUUAAUUUUUCUUUUUCAUUUUUGUGCUUCUAAAGCACAGCUAAAGCACGUUGGCUCGAGAGAAAAGUGUAUUCAAUAAUUUUAUGUAAAUAAAUUCAAAACAAACUUUUCGUUAUAA